CUCGGUCCUCAGAUCACGCAUGCCAGCCUAGAACCGCCCGCGCAUCGUCGCCAACCCUAGUUGAUCUCGUCAACUGCCUCAAGCUGACACUCUAUCUUGGAAGUUAGCACAAUAUCAACGCCGCUGCACCACUCCAAUUGUAUCAGUCUUAUCACGGUACCUCAUCAAUCCUCCGCGCAGCCCACGCUAUACCAUGGUGCCUCACAUGCCAGAGAUUUAUCAACUCUCUCCCACCUCUCAUGUCCCCAACUCCCGGUUACCGGCCUUGAUCUACCGUUCGGUUCUCCCGGCAGACCCGACUGCUGCAUCCACCCGCGAGGCCCUGGAGAAAAACCUCUGGAUGCAGGGUGGCGUUUUCAAGACCUAUCGAGCCCACCAUUUCCAUUCCGUGACCCACGAAUGCUACGCUGUCUUCAAAGGGUCAAGCAAGCUGUUGCUGGGACGCGGGCCGCUGGAUGGUCCGGAAGAGGGUGGCCUGGAGGUCGACCUUGGAAGAGGAGACAUUAUUGUUUUGCCUGCAGGUGUCAGCCACUGUUCCAUUGCAUCGAAGGGUGAGUAUGAGUAUGUGGGCUUAUAUCCAGAGGGCUCUCCUCACUGGGACAACAAUUUCUGCAAAGCGAGUGCGGAGGAGACAAGCGAGAAGGCUAGAGUGGCCGAGUCCGUCCCGAUUCCGGAGUACGAUCCUGUCUAUGGGAAAGGUGGUCCGCUGGUAGACAUCUGGAGGAAAGCUGCUGCACAGGAGAAUUAAGAUUCAGUGAAGCUGGCAUCUUCGCACGCACGGUGCAGUGUUCAAUGGUAAAGGACAGCUUAGAAAAGAGGAAAGAGUGACAGGGUACGCUCCUCAGGACGAGAAAACUUAUUGGGAGACUUCCAAGGUCGCCUUUUAUA